GGGCAGGGGGAGGGGGAGGAGGAAAGCCUGCCUGGAACCCCACUGGGAGGGCAGGAGGUGUGGGGUUGGCUGACCUGGGACACCUGAGCAGGCCCGCAGCUCUCCUGGAAUGUGGGCUGGCCUGGGGGGCGGGGCUCUGCCAGACCCAACCCAGUGAUGGGAGGGGCGUCCCUUUCCGGGAGGUAGGCAGACUGGGAAACUGAGGCUGGGGCCCGGCUGUUCAUUUAUUUCUCCGACGCGCUCCCCAGCUUUCUGAGGGAAGCCCGGCAGACAACAGGAUGGCUGCGGAGUUCAUGGCAGGAGUGAGUCUGAUCCCGAGCGCCCUCCUCCCAGACUGGCACCUUCUCUCCCUGCCUCUGAGGCCGUGGCCUCCGCCUCCAUCCCGCACAACCCUGUGCACUCAGCACCCCAGUCACACCCUCAUGCUUGGACACGAGCACCAACCACCUGCAUGGGUGACUCGUCAGGGCGGGCCCUGGAUGGGGGAGGGCGGGGCACACCCGGAGUCUUAAAGGACUCUCCAGGCCCCCACCCCUGCCCUGCUGUCGCCAGCGCCGCUGCUGCCCCUGCUGCUGCUGCUCCCAGCAAUGGCGGAGACUGCCAAGCUCCAGCUGUUUGUCAAGGCCAGCGAAGACGGCGAGAGCGUGGGACCCUGCCCUUCUUGCCAGCGGCUCUUCAUGCUCCUGCUUCUCAAGGGUGUGCCCUUCACCCUGACCACCGUGGACACUCGCAGGUCCCUGGAUGUGCUUAAGGACUUUGCCCCUGGCUCACAGCUGCCCAUCCUUCUCUACGAUGGCGACGCCAAAACAGACACACUGCAGAUCGAGGAGUUUCUGGAGGAGACGUUGGGGCCCCCUGAAUUCCCCAGCCUGGCGCCCCGCUAUGGGGAGUCCUCCACAGCGGGCAACGACGUCUUUCACAGGUUCUCGGCCUUCAUCAAGAACCCGGUGCCCACGCAGGACGAUGCCCUGUACCAGACGCUGCUGCGAGCGCUCACCAGGCUGGACCGCUACCUGCGCGCGCCCCUGGGGCACGAGCGCGUGCGGGAACCCCAGCUCCGCGAGUCGCGCCGCCGCUUCCUGGACGGCGACGAGCUCACGCUGGCGGACUGCAGCCUGCUGCCCAAGCUGCACAUCGUGGACACGGUGUGCACGCACUUCCGCCGAGCGCCCAUACCCGCCGAGCUGUGCGGCGUCCGCCGCUACCUGGACAGCGCGCGGCAAGUGAAGGAGUUCAAGUACACGUGUCCAUCCAGCGCCGAGAUCCUCGCGGCCUACCGGAUGGCCGUGCGCCCCCGCUAACCCCUCCCCCGCCGUCUCCAGCCACCACCUGCCCCCUCUCCUACAGCCCCAUAAAGGCACCUGUGCCCCAGGGAACGUGUCCUGACCUCCGAGGGACCAGAGGGCCCUCCAUUUCUGCCACCCCCAAACCCCCACCACGAUCCCACAGCUCCACCUGAUAGCCCAGAACGACAGGGGCAGAGAACCCAGUGGGUGGUUCUGCCCAGCCCUCCACUCACCCUAUCAGGGGUGGCGGGGGACUGGAUUGGGCUCCCAAACCAGUCAGGCCAGGGUGGGGCAGCAGGCUGGCCAAGGAGGGUGGGGACCAGGAGCCCAGCCUGGGCACCUAGGGGCUCCAGGUCAGUGGGUGGGGCCAGCCCACAUUCCUCAGCCCUGCUCCAGGGAGCAGGUGCCCCCCCACCGGACUUCCACAGGGGCCAGUGUGCAUGCAGUGUGGGAUACCUGAGGCCGGCUCCGUCGGGUGGGG